AUGAGUUGCGGAGUAUCAGGUUCACUCACCACGUUACACACUUCCUUGCUAUUCAACGCUAGGAGAAAAACAUUCGACAAAGACGUCUCGAUUGUUGUUGAUCCCACAAGGGGUACCAUCGAGGAUGUAUAUCAUCGGACAGAUGACGGCCAUUUCACAGUGGAUGAGACGGGCAUCGACCUUCGCGGGAAAGUUGUGAUGCCCGGAUUUGUCGACGCCCACACGCACGUGUUUUUGCAUUCAUACGAUGAGGCUUCCUCUACCGUCCAGAUGCGAGACGAAGGCAUCGUGGAGCGAAUCGUUCGUGCUACCAAUCAUCUCCGCGCCGCGCUGCUGUCCGGCUAUACCACGUACAGAGACCCGGGUACCGAGGGGAUGCGGUCGUUUGACGCGAACCUUCGAGACUGUGUCAACCGAGGGCUUCUUCCGGGCCCCCGCCUGUUCGUCGCCACCGAGUGCCUUGCAAGCACCGGCUCAUAUGAGGUCCGUCACGAGAACACACUGGCCAAGCUGCCACGCAUCUCUGAUGCCUGUGAUGGACCAGUGGGCGUUCGCCAAGCAGUCCGACGCCGCAUGGCCGACGCCGCGGAUAUCAUCAAGUUCUACGCCGAUUAUCGACGGAGGAUGAUGCGGUUUCCACCUCCAAUCCAGCCACCACACGAUGCGAUUCCAUUCUUGCCCGCCGAUCCCAAUCCGGCAGUGGUCAUGUUCAACCAGGAGGAAAUGGACGCCAUCGUGCAAGAAGCGAAGCUGGGCGGUUUGCCGGUGGCAUGCCACGCUGGCACCGCAAAGGGCGCGAUCAUGGCCGUCAAGGCAGGAGUCGACACCAUUGAGCACUGCAACGAGGCGACCGACGAAGUCUUCCGGGAAAUGCGCCGGCACGGGACCAUCUUCGUCCCUACCCUGGCGGUGCUUCGGAAUUCGCCAGACUUUGCCAACAUUAGCAAACGGGUCAAGAGAGCGCACGACCUCGGCGUACGUCUUGCUGCCGGCGGCGAUACAGGAGCCUUUCCCCACGGGGAGGGUGCUGUGGAGAUGGAGCUUAUGAUCCGGGCCGGGAUUCCCGUGGCGGAUGUGUUAGAAGCAUGCGUCAUUGGCGGCUGGGAGAGCUGCGGCAAGGACAAGAGCGGGUUUUCCUUCGGUUCGAUUGAAAAGGGGUACCGAGCCGACAUCAUUGCCCUGGAGACGGACCCGAGAACGGAUCUCGGGGCUUUGCAGAAAGUCGACUUUGUCAUGAAGGACGGCAAGGUCUGGAAGAAGGACGGUCGGCCAGUCGGCUUCAUUGAGGAGCAGGCGGCUAGGCCGCAUCACGAGGAAGAGUCAGACUGGGUUGUUAUUUGA